UGCCGGGCAGGCGGUCACCUCGCUGCCCCUUGAGCCCGACACCGUCGCGUCCUGCCUGGGCGCCCUGCCCAACCUGCUCUCUGACCAAGCUCUCCUUUCCAGCCUGAACCUCACCAACAGCGACAUCCUCACCAUUUAUGAUGGGGACGAGCUCACUGCCCGCAUCCUGGGGCAGUACAUCGGCAGCAGUGGGCCCCCGAAACCUGAAUGCCCUGACCUCACCAUCCAGUUCCACUCGGACCCUGCCGGGCUCAUCUUUGGGAAGGGGCAAGGAUUCAUCAUGAACUACAUAGAGGUGUCCCGCAAUGACUCCUGCUCUGACCUGCCCGAGAUCCAGAACGGCUGGAAGACCACGUCGCACACGGAGCUGGUGAGAGGGGCCAAGAUCACCUACCAGUGCGACCCAGGCUAUGACAUUGUGGGGAGUGACACCCUCACCUGCCAGUGGGACCUCAGCUGGAGCAGCGACCCCCCCUUCUGUGAAAAGAUUAUGUACUGCACGGACCCAGGGGAAGUGGAGCACUCGACCCGCCUCAUCUCCGACCCGGUGCUGCUGGUGGGGACAACCAUUCAGUACACGUGCAACCCCGGCUUCGUGCUGGAAGGCAGCUCGCUGCUGACCUGCUACAGCCGUGAGACAGGGACACCCAUCUGGACCUCGCGGCUCCCACACUGCGUCUCCGAGGAGUCGCUGGCCUGCGAUAAUCCAGGACUACCAGAAAACGGCGACCAAAAACUUUAUAAGCGCCUCUACUUGCCAGGAGAGUCCCUGACCUUCAUGUGCUAUGAGGGCUUUGAACUCAUGGGGGAGGUUACCAUCAAAUGCAUCCUGGGCCAGCCGUCCCACUGGAGCGGCCCCCUGCCCAUCUGCAAAGUGAAUCAAGACAGUUUUGAACACGCUCUGGAAGUAGCAGAAGCUGCUGCAGAGACGUCACUCGAGGGGGGAAAUAUGGCCUUAGCCAUAUUCAUCCCAGUGCUGAUCAUCUCCUUGCUGCUGGGAGGAGCGUACAUCUAUCUCACAAGGCGUCGGUACUACUCCAGCCUCCGCCUGCCCCUCACGUACUCCCACCCCUACAGCCAGAUCACGGUAGAAACGGAGUUUGACAACCCGAUUUAUGAGACAGGGGAAACAAGAGAAUACGAAGUUUCAAUAUAAGGACAGUGGUAAGAGAGUCUCCGGCUGCGAACUUAAUGUGCUCUCAUAGAACUUCCUCAGUAACUAAUCCAGAGACCACGUGGAGUUUGGUUGGACCCCUGGACCUGCUGUUGUCUUUCCUUUUGCCUCUUUAUUGAAGAUUUUACUGUUUUCUUCAUUGUAUUUAUUCUAUUUAAACCGCGAUAGGUGUGCUGCAGAGCCCUGGGCGCAGGCAGCAGCGGGAGCCGGGGCAGAGCUGGGUCCCGGCAAGAUCAGGGUGACACAGGGGCACCUGCUGUCCCCCCCGCACGGCAGCGUGUCCCCC